AUGUCGGCGUUUCCUCGUGCAUCAGUAUCCGAGUCCGGCUUGGAGGCUACGAAGUGGUUUGCAGAGAAGAAUGGUGCAACACGCAUACCUUCUGUCAAGCAGGCGAAGAGGCAUCGCCGCAACAUCGAGAAAAUUGCCGGCCUUAAUCCUCAGAUGCAUCAAGGCAAUCUGGGGCACUUGUACGUCGUUGAAGACCUGGAAACCAUCGUUAAACAUGAAUUCGCAAACCCUUGCAUUGCGAAGGAAGUCCAGCGCUAUCCAGAGGAUGCUGGUGUUCUUCGACGGGAGUGUUGGCAUGGUGAUAAGUGGCGUCACGAAGUAGAGGCAAGCCGCGCAGCACCAAUGGCUCGCGAUCCUGUGUCUGGGAGGGAUUACUUCGUCGAUGAGUUGGCGUUUGUCAUGACGCAGCCCUCCAAUGGGUCGCUGGUGUAUGUCAGGCGUUGGUUCUCCCGGAACGACACCUUAUGGGCAGAAGUCAGCGAGGUCUUUACUGGAUCGCGACAAGGUUACUUUGUGGUCGAUGCCGCAAGCAAUAGGCGUGAGGUUCCACUCACCUCAUUCCUUCUUUCAAUUGAAGAACUAUCCUUGCCGGAUGUGACACAUUUUGACUGGAUUGUUGACCUUCGAAUAGGAGCUUUGCUUCGGGACGAAGAUGGACAUUGCCGAACCGUUCCGUAUGAGGUCCCGCUCCGCAACAAAUGGCGUAUCAAAGGGUCCGGUCGUCAGGUGCACAGUUUGCCUUUGUGGCUAUACUGCGACGACACGUCAGGCAAUGUUUCGAAGAAGUGGAACAAGCACAAUUCCGUGUUACUCACCUUCGCCGGUUUGCCAAGACGCAAGGUCCAGAGCCUCUCCAACAUCCACUUCCUCUCGACAUCGAAUAUUGCACCGCCGCUUGAGAUGAUGGAAAAUAUCAUCUCUACCAUCAAGAAAGGCGGGGAGAACGGCAUCGCGGUCUGGGAUUCUUCAUUAGACGAAGAAAUCCUUGUAAUUCCAUGGAUACUUGCAUUUCAGGGUGACAACCCAAUGGCGAGUGAAUUUGCCUCGCAUAUCGGGAUGAAGGGCAAGUUCUUCUGCCGGAUAUGCCAUGUCUUUAGAGAAGAUGCAAGCCAGCGACCUUCUGGAGACGCGGGCAAGAGACAGAGAUUGGAGGAUUUCAUGAAGCCAGGCAUUCCACGGAGCAAAGCGGAGACAAUUCGGAACCUCGAGGCGCAAUUGAAAAGAGUUCUUGAUGGUGCUCCAAGUGCUGUGAACCAUUUGGCGACAGAAACAGGGACGAAGGAUAAAUAUCUGCAAUACUUCAUCGAUCAGCUCGCUGAGAAAUGUCGCAAGAUCAAAGACGAAUUGAAGAAUAGUGCACGGAGUGAGGGGUCAUCCAUGGACUCUGAAGUGGCAGCAGCAUUGCAGGCCAUUCGUAACAGUUUCCCCGAUAAUAUUUUCAACCCCGCGUUGAUGGUAGAUGAUUUUGAUCCACACGUCGACUCACCGGUAGAGCUACUUCAUGUGGUCCUCCUUGGCGUCGUGAAAUACUGGUGGCGCGAUGCGGUCUCCAGACAGGAUUCUGAAGGACGCAAACAACUGAUAGCAAGAAUCAAUAGCGUUGCUGCGGGAGGAUUGGGUAUCAAACCUCCGGAUGGUCGUAUUCUCGUCAAUUAUGCCGGAUCCCUCGUGGGACGUGAUUUCCGCGUGAUACUUCAAAUCGCUCCGUUUGUACUGGUUGACAUGAUUCCGAUAAGGGCGUACGAAGCUUGGUUGUCCCUUGGUCGACUUGCGCCACUACUCUAUCAGCCUGAGAUCAGUGACAUUGAGAAAUACAUGCCAAAAUUGGAGGAUGCGAUCUCCGACUUCCUUGCGUGCACGGCACUUUGGAGCCCGCAAUGGUUCAACAAACCCAAGUUCCAUCUGUUUUCCUAUAACGCAGUAAUCCGUCAGCGGAGUGUCUAUUCAAAUCGGCAUGCACCAAGCCUUGACAUUGCGAACGCACUCAGCCACGCACAUGCGGUCAGGCAUCUGGUCCUUGGAGGGUACAUCCAACUGCAAACCCGUGACACAAUUGUUCGACGACAGGCUGGACCUGCCGUCCUCGAGCUCAUCAGCGAUGUCCAAUUUUGCCGUUUGAUGAACUUAUCGGAUUUUGACCGCAUAGAAAAAUGUACGAUUAAAAUCAUGAUUGCAGGCACCUACCGUCCAAUUCCGCGCAACGAACAGGACAGUAUGGUGUACACUCGGCCAGAAUUCGAAGCGGCAAUCAAUCUGCCCCACGUUGAGCUCGUCAGAGCCAAAUCCCUGCAAAUCGGUAACGGUGACGUACUGUACCGCAACAAAUUCUUGAUCUACCGUCGUCGGAGCAACCUCUCUUUGGGCCGGAUCGAGGAGAUAUUGAUAAAUGGCAAUAAAGGAGUAGUGCUGGGGAUUCUCGUGAGGCCGUGGACUGUCGACGAGAUAGUUUUGCCAUACCGAAUGCCCCGUAUCGUGCAGAGCGAAUCAGAGCUCAUAUUUCUGCCAAUCGAGGUGCGUAGAUGCUUCACUCUUCUUUGCCUUUGGUUUCAUGCGGUAUUUUUGCAGGCAAUCGUUGGCGCAAUCCACGUACAUCACAACUGUAGUGCACAUGGCUGUGAGACUCAGCAAAUCCGGCCAAUAAUCCAGGAGCGAAGACUGACCGACAAGUUUACACAUGGAAUCGAACACUCGACCGCGCCUGAUGACCUUGUGUUGAAUACCGCGCUCCUGCGAAAUGCUGAGCCGAUUGCGUCCAUAUCAACACGAGUCCGUUACCCUGGCCUUGACCGGUUAAGGGCAGCAGAAGCGGCACUCGAAUUGCGGGUUCAGGCCACCGCAGAUGCAGCACAGGCUGCCCUAGAGAAGGCUGCAGUG